AUGACGACACCACAAGCAGCACCCAGUCCACCAGAACAGUUUGUUUUGGUAUUAGCAGCCAUCUUUCUCCCACCAUUGGCAACAUUUUUGGCUCAACGAACAAUUUUCACUAAGGAGUUUCUUGUUACAGUGGUGUUGACUUUAUUUGGUCACAUACCAGGGAGUGUAUUUGCCAUCUACUUUUUAUUUUGCAUUGAUUUCCCUAGUCGUGGUGUUGAGGGAUACACUAGGAUUGGAGAUGAUGAGAAUCAAGUAGGUGGUAGUGGUGGUGCCCAGCAGGGUGGUAACGCAGGCUCGCAAAGUCACAACCGCGAUCAACAGAGAGGCCCAGGACACAGACUUGGUGGAGAGGAUCAUACCAUCUCGGAGCAACAACAUGGUAUCAUUCAUCAUAAUGCUUCAAGGGAAAGCGGAUCACAUGGCCCCCAUUCUCCGUACCAUGAUGACGUUGAAGGAGAUGUGGAAAACCCGGGAGCUCCGCUUUUGAAUGCCAGUGAUCUUCCAGCAUACGACGACAUCGUUGAUAGCAAGCACAAAAAGACGGUCAAGACUGGCAAAACAGCUGAUAACAAAGUUCAGCAUUGA